GUUUUGUUGAUAAGCAUUUUUGCUUUGAAUUUUAAAUAGAUUGGAAAAUAUAAAAUUUUAUUUGUCCAAAUUCUACUUUUAACUAUGCAACACUCUGAUAGCCGUUUAAUUUAUUUCCUUUUUCUGUAUAACUAUACGCCAAAACUAAAAAGUUGAGCAUAAAAAUCAACAAAUAUUCAGCUGCUCCGCUGACCCGCGUAGUUGCUUAAAAUGGCGUGACUUUUCGUAUGCAUUUUUCCCGCGUCCCAUCUAUCGCGCACACGCCCGUUACAAAAGGCUUUGUUUGCGUUUUAUUACGUUAAAAAAGAGAGUGCAGCGCGUGGACCAACGCAUUGUUUCCACGCUUACUAUUUGUGUGGAUAAAAGCCGGUGAGAACGGAUUUGUUGUGAUUAACGUUUGCAAGAAUCAAGAGCGAGGAAAAUGUCGAGUUUUAAUUUCAACGCGAUUGGCAACUCGCUGAAAGAGGCUAGCCAGAAAACCGAGGGUACCGGUGUAUCGUUUGCCGGGAAGUCGUUGAAGCUCAACACCGAGGAUGACGCAAAACAAGUUUCUGAAGCUAUUGAAAAAUGCAAAAACAUGGAAUAUCUUGACCUUGAGGGGAAUACUCUUGGUCCAGAUGCAGCAAAAGGCAUCUCAAAAGCUAUCGAAAAGAAUGGUUCUAAACUCAAGAGAGCUCUGUGGAAGGACAUGUUUACAGGUCGAAUGAAAGAUGAAAUUCCAGUUGCUUUAGAACAUCUGGGAAGAGGUCUGUGUGCAGCAGGGACUCAAUUAGUAGAACUUGACCUAAGUGACAAUGCUUUUGGACCCAUUGGUGUCAAAGGUUUGGCUGAUCUGCUGAGAUCCAGUUCUUGCUACACACUAAAAGAACUAAGGCUAAAUAAUAAUGGUCUUGGUAUCACUGGUGGAAAGAUGCUUGCUAAAGCCCUCAUGGAUUGUCACAACAAUAGUAUGAGAGACACAUCCAAGCCUUUUGGACUGAAGGUCUUUAUUGCUGGAAGAAACAGACUGGAAAAUGAAGGCGCUACAGCAUUGGCUGAGGUUUUCCGCACACUCACAAGUUUGGAAGAAGUUGUGAUGCCCCAGAAUGGUAUCUAUCAUGUAGGCAUAUCUGCACUUGCCAAUGGUUUGUCUGUUAAUCAGGGUCUUAGAAUCUUGAAUCUGAACGACAACACUGUUGGUCCUAAAGGAGCUCAAGCCCUUGCAGAUGUUUUGCACAAUUUCUCUUGUCUUGAAAGACUAAAUCUUGGAGACUGUCUACUAAAAACACGCGGUGCAGUCGUUCUGGCUGACGCUCUCGGUAUCAAUGGAAAUCAUCCUUCUCUAACAGAACUUAAUCUAAGCUUCAAUGAAAUCAAGAUUCGAGGUGCCGGUUCUAUAGCCGACGCGAUGGCCGACAAAACUCAACUUACAACUCUGAUUUUGGACGGUAAUGCUUUUGGAGAGGAAGGAAGAGCUAUACUGGUAGAAACUUUGAAAAAUUCCGACAGAAUAGAAUCCUUGGGUACAUUGGACGAGGAUGAGGACGAUGAUGAAGACGAGAGCGAAGAUGAGGACGAGGAUGAGUCUGAGAAUAACGAAACAAAGAGCGAGGUAGAUGAAGACGAAGAGAACGUUAGCGUGAAAAAACAGGUAGAGAAGCCAGUAAGCAGAGUAAUCACUGUUGAAGAAUUUUUAAAGGCACCUACUGGAGAGAAUUUUCUCCUUAUGCAAGGGGACAAGGCGCAGUCAUUCAUUGACCACAUAAGAAAUCUGUCUCAGCCGGAUGGUGAAGAUCAAACAAGCGGUGUCUUAAAAGUUGUAAUGAAAGUAUCAGCUCUCUGUGCUAGUGGCUAUAUGGAUAUUAGACAGCCUGCAGAACAAGUAACAGAACGUUUGUAUUCAGAACUUUUUACAAACGCCGUAAAAAAUAAUCAGAUUCCUAGUUUGAACAAUGCUUUACUAGUCUGUCUUGGUCUUCUCAAGGGUGAGGACAAGAAUUCUUCCAAAAUCGAUUGGAAUUUGGAGGGUUGCUUCAAAGCCUUGGAGAAAGUGUCCCAGAGAGACUACUUUUUACAGCAAACAAAAGAGACUUUGAAGGUAUUCAUCGACAGACCAAUGAAGCCUAGCAGGACUAGAGUAGUAGAUCCAUUCCAAGAAGCAAAAACCUCUCUGAAAGCUGCGCUUGAUCGUACCCAAAGCACGUAACAGUCGUAUUAAAGUCAACUCUUUUUUAUUUGUACAUUAACAUUAAAUUAACUAACGCUCCUGAAAUCGUAUGAUCAAAAAAAAAUUAUCUUGCGCCCGCAUGGUUAUUGUAUUAAAGAACUUGGAGAGAUGUUUAUUCUAUUGUGUAGGUACAUUAUUUACAAGAAGUUUUAGAUAAUUUAUUUAUUUGUAACCGACUUUUUUGAAAAGUACAUAUACACGAUAGGUAUAUAUGCUAUUUAAAUAACGCGUAUAUUUAUCAGCUAUCGACAGAAAAAUUCGUAAAAAUCGACUCUUACCAGUAAAAAAAGAUCAUGAACUUCUACUUUUUGAUCUCCUGUAUUAAACGUGUAAAAAAUGUAUGUGUCAGUGUAAUUAGCAAAAAAUGCACAGUUAAAAUUAUUUGAAAAAAAUCGAAUACUCAAACUGAAUUUAAAUAUACAAACAGUGCCAACCACACUUGUUUACAGUUCUCUUUAUUCCAGCGAAAAACGCUAGAUUUGAUCAUAAACCAUGAUAACAUUUCCACACACCGUAAAUUUUUUAACAAUAUAAAUCUUGAUGUCUACACGCUGAAUACACACUUGGAAAAAUUAAUUUUUCCUCUUGGUAUAUAAGAAAAAACUUGAUCCUCAUUUUUCUCAAAAAGAUGCCUUGGUCUUUCAGCCAAGGCACUGUUCAAUUUUCAAACGAUGCUUUCUUGGAAUAAAGCGACGUCAAAAAUAAGAGUUCUUCUCGCAAAGACUCACAGCCGCGUGAUAUUUUUUGUGAAGGGAAAUUACCGACUACUUGUCCUUGAUUGUAGACAUUGGAUCCCAUCCGGAAUGAAAAAGUUCAGUGCUUAGUGGUGUACAAUGUUGCGAAUUUUGAUCUUCCAUGUACAUAGUCGCCUGAAAUUAAAAUAAUUCAAUAAAUUCGACUUUUUCAAUUCUGUAA